GGCUAUCUAGUCAUUACUGGCAGUGACGUUGUUUCAUAUAACGAUAAAAAUAAUAAUAAAACGUACAGUUAUACCAUUAUUAAAACCAGUGACUAAAACAGAAAGAAACUACAGAAUGAAGUGUACAGUAAUUCUUAUAUGUGCCGUCAUUCUUAGUUUUUUCUCCAUAAGUGAUGCAAAAGGAUGUACGCCUAAGGAACACGUCCCUCAAUGUAAGCCCUGUUACAGUACUUGCAAAGAAAUGAAAAAAAGGGUAACUAAAUGUUCUCGUGUAUGCAAUUACACUGAGAAAUGUUAUUGUAAGCCUGGCAUGCUUAAGAAUGAUAGAGGGCUAUGUGUACCAAAGGAUAAAUGUCCAUAACUGCUUGCUGCUGAUAGGUGAAAUAAAUUAAUACGUGAUGUAUUUUCAGUUUGUUUUUAUCAAUUCAUGUCCCCAUAUCCCUUUCAAUGUGUGAUCAACUUCACUUAAGAAUUUUACAAUCAACAGUACAGAUUCACUAUUUUUUUCGGUUUCCUUUAAAGUAUUUUCAAAAUGCUCAACUUUGAGCUGGGAGCAAGGUUGGCAUUUAUUGGCUUCAUGUUCUUUUGUUUCUAAGUGC